ACAACCCACAAGUAUAAAAGUAAUUUUUGUAAAAGGACACACGCAUUUUGUAAUUUUUUCAAAGUGCACAAGUUGAAUAACAAAAUGAAGCAGAUCUUUCUAGUAUUAGCCACCUUGGCCUUUUCUACCUACACCAAUGCAGGCCUAACCCCUGCCUCCACGACUCUUAUCAAACAAUCCACUACCAUCAGUCAUCCUGGACAAACCAUUACCACUUACAACCAACCAAUAGCUCCAGUAGCUCUCUCUUACAGUGCUGCUGCUCCUCUUACUUACAGCCAUGUCCCAGCUGCUACAGUGACCUACCGCAAAGUCCCCUCUGCAGUAACCUACAGCCAUGAUUCCAUUUUACCGGCAGCCGUGUACUCACAGCAGAUUUUUGCUCCUGCUCAUCAAUACUCUUCUCCAUUGUUUGCACAUCAACAGAUUUUUGCACAGUAUCCUAGUUUGAUUGCGCAAAAUCCUGUGGUACAAUAUCCGGUAGCGGCGGGACAAUAUCCUGUGUUUGGUGGUGGCUUAGGAAUUCAGCAAGGUGGUUCUCCAGCAAUAGAACCAGCAGAUCAGACCAUUCAAAGACCAGAGCAACCUCAACUUCAACCUCAGCCUCAACCUCAACCUCCUCAACAGUCACCCAUCCUAAACGGACCAGCUCCUGGAAGCACUUUUGAUGAUGAUACGGUUUCUAUUGACGCAGCUAAUAGGAAAUAAGUAAUUUAUUAAUAGUAUUAAAAAAAAUGUAUUUUUGAGAAAAUAAAAAUAAAUUAAAAAUC